UUUAAAAUAUGAAAAUGUAGAAUGAAAUAGCAGCACAGUGGUAUUUGUUGACAAAUUCGUGGGGAUACAGGAAUAACUAAGUUCAAUAAUUUCAGAAUUUGCUUGUUCCAGCAGUUAAAUGGAUCAAGAUGUCUUUGAAAAUGUCGUCAAAGACCGCGUCAGCUGAAACAAAAUCCAAGACAAAAGCACUGUUAUUGAUGUUAGAAAAGGUGAUAUCAAGUACGAGCCCAGAUAAAGAACAAACAAGAUUUCUUUGUCAUAAACUUCUUCAUUUUGUCAAUAACCAUGAAGCUGCAAGAAAAGAAAUAUCCAGUAAAUCAUCUUUGGAAACAGUCAUUUCAAUACUAGAGACUUGUGGAGAUCAACCGACAUGCCUAUCACUUGUAAAUAUCCUCGGAGAAAUUGCUUCUGGAAAUGGAAUGAAACGUCUUGUUAAUCAUGAUGUAACGAGAGUACUUUUGCAUACAGUUGCAUAUCUUGGAAAGGAGGCUGAUAACAGAUUACUUAUUGCACUGUUGAGCUUAUCCGUAAAGAUUGCCCCAAAAGAUAAACGUUUUGCAUUAAGAGUACGAUUAGCAGGAGCUUUACCUAUCCUUAUAUCAAUAGUUCGAUCGUCAUCUGCAAGUUCAAGCAAUAAACUUUUAUCUAAUACACUUCAGUGUUUGAAGAUAUGUGCAUCCAAUGGAGUCAAUGCAAAUAUACUUGGAAGACUUGGUGCUGUUCAUGUUCUGCAGAAACUUGUUUUAAGUAUUGGACGGAAACAGCCUCCGUUAGUGAAAACUGCACUUUCAGCAUUAAGUUUGCUUGUCAAGUCUUCAAGAAGUAAUGCUAACCAUGGUAUCAGCAGUGGGAUGGUUUCCAAUAUGUUAUCAAUACAUCAAGAAUGGCAUAAGAAUGACGUCAGAAGUCACAAACAUAUUCCGGCACGAAAAAGCAUGCUUAAUAUAUUGAAGCAUUUGACAGUUUCAAAACGUGGAAAGACCGCUUUUGUUGAAGCAGGUGGAAUGAGAAUAUUACAUAGGACAUGUAAAGAAUGCAUUGCAUUGUCGUGUUCAAAACCAGCAGAACCAUUAUUAAAUGUCGCUACAAUGAUUUUACGACGAUGCCAACCAAGAUUCCGGCUACCUAUUCCUACUGUCCAAUGCUCAUUUCAAUUCCAAUUACCUCAAGUAGAGGAGAAAGAAGAGAAAUACUUAAAAUCUCAUCAUUAUGAGGGUGUUGUUGAUGAUGUGAUUGAUGCAAGUGAUGAAGAUGAUGAGGAUGAAGAUUCUCUGGAGAAUCAGGAUCAAGAAAUACUGGAAACUGAAGAAGAUGAUUUAGUGGAAGACAAACAAGAGGAGACUAAAGAUGACCUGGCAGCAUCCCCACCAAUUAUCAUCCCUCCGAUCAGCACUGGGAUUCCACCUAAACGUUCCGCUGCAGAUUUAAAAUCAAUGUAUGAAAAGUUUUUCUCUGAGCUUCAAGAUUUUCCGACUGAUGGAUCUAAUAACAUACAAGAAGACACUGUGUUUUUGCAUCCACAUAUUUUACAUAAACUGAAGGAACAAACUAACAAUAAAGACGUUAACGAAAACUUAAAGACGAAUAAUUCUGAAGUCAAAUACAAGCAACAACAUUCUCUAUCUCGUGCACACUCAGAAGGAAGUGUUUUAUCUAUUCAAUGUUCUUCACUGUACUAUGAUCCACCUGCAUCUGCUCCAAGCCCAAGUAUUAAUUCAGGUGAUGAACAUUCAUCACUUAUGGCUACGCUUUCAAGUUCAACCCAAUCUCAAAAGCAACGUAUGAAUACUGUGUCGUUUGCUGAUUAUUUCGGUCACACUCCACCUAGUUUUCUUGAACAUCAAGUUGUGAAAAGAUAUGGAGUUCAAAGAAUCAAAAUGUUGGAAGACAUAGGACGAACACUCAAACAAGGGGACGUUAUAAACAAAGUAAUUUAUACUCGCGAUGGCAAUUACAAGCCUCCUAAAUCAAAUGAUUAUUGGCAAUAUGAAGUUGAACCUUGUACUAGCAAUAUGCAAUUAUUGAAAGAAGUCAUGGGUAAUGGAUUUAAUGAGGAAAUGACAUCUUCGGAGAUGACAGAGGAAGUUCAAAGUAUUGGAUCGACACCGAUCAUUCAAGAUGCCUGUUGUUUCAGUCCAGUUGAGGCAAAUUAUCAGUCGUUCGACGGACCGUGGCUUAGUUCUGGUUGUCAAGAGUCGAGUACUAUUUUCCCUCCAAUAACAGAUCAAAGUUUGAAGUUGAAACGACCAUUGAAUUUUUGCUCUGAUUUUGAGUGUGGAAAUUUAAGAACAGCAAUACAGGUUCGAGAGAAUGAAUAUGAUUUGAUAUUGGAUUCAGAUUGUAACACGAAUCAUCAUCAUCAAUGGUUUUACUUUGAAGUAUCAAACGUAACUUCUGGUGUUCCAUAUAGAUUCAAUAUCGUAAAUUGUGAAAAGAGUAAUAGCCAGUUUAAUUAUGGUAUGCAACCCCUCAUGUAUUCUGUAUCUGAAGCUCGUCUUGGUAAUCCUUGUUGGCGUCGAGCUGGUACCAAUCUAUGCUAUUAUAAAAGUCAUUUUUCAAGGAGUGCAGUUUCGGCGGGAGGGGUUAAAGGUCGUUCGUACUUCACAAUGACCUUCACUGUGAAUUUUACUCAUAAUAAAGAUAUUUGCUAUUUUGCGUAUCAUUACCCCUACACCUAUACUCAACUGCAAGCUGAUCUUCAUAAACUGGUUAGUCAAGUAGAUGAAAACGAAGUCUAUGUUCGAGUGCAAACAUUAUGUCAAACUCUCGGUCAAAACAAAGUUCCUGUGUUAACAAUAACUGCUCAACCUGAUUUUAACGAAGAAAAGGACAACGAGGAAGCCAUUGCUGAAUUACGUUCAAGGCCAUAUAUAUUCUUAAGCUCCCGUGUUCAUCCGGGAGAAUCAAACAGUUCCUGGACAAUGCGGGGAACACUAAAACUACUUUUAUCGUCAAAAAAUUCAACUGAUAUCAACCCAAAAAUGUUAGGGGUUGCUCAACAAUUGAGGAGAUCAUUUAUUUUUAAGAUCGUUCCGAUGUUAAAUCCGGAUGGUGUAAUAAAUGGACAUCACAGAUGUUCUCUCACUGGUGAAGAUUUGAAUAGACAAUGGACUGAUCCAGAUCCUGUUUUGUUUCCAACUAUUUAUCAUACCAAAGGACUUUUACAAUAUCUAUAUUCUAUUGGAAAAGCUCCCUUGGUAUACUGCGACUACCACGGACAUUCGAGACGUAAGAAUGUAUUCAUGUAUGGAUGUUCAAGACGGGAAUCUGUUAUUGCCGGAGAAAGUGAUGUAAUUCAAGGAGCUCCAGACGAUACUGGGUAUAAGACAAUUCCGAAGUUGCUCAAUAAAAUGGCUCCUGCUUUCUCAAUGUCAAAUUGUAGUUUUAUUGUCGAGAAAUGUAAGGAGAGUACAGCACGGGUUGUAGUUUGGAAAGAAAUGGGCGUUGCUAGGAGUUAUACAAUGGAAAGCACAUAUUGUGGCUGUGACCAGGGAAAAUAUAAGAGUUGUCAGAUUGGUACUUAUGAACUUGAAGAAAUGGGAAUGAUAUUAUGUGAAUCAUUAUUGCAUUUGAAGAACAGAGAACGUGCAAGAAGAUUGCCGCUUUAUGACGGAAUAUUCUCCGAAGAAGAUAAACUAUACAAUUCCAUAUCUGACGUCUCAUCUGGAGAUUUCCAGUCUGUCGGUUCAGAAAUAAAACAAGAUAACUCUGGGUCUGAACGCAUGGCCCCAUGCCCCACCAACUCUGACGAAGAAUUCACUCCGGAUGAAGCCGACUCAAUAGGUAGCUUUGAUGGAACGUCAGAACAGCCGUCCGCCUCGUACUCUAGAGACGAAACAUUAAUGAAAAGCUAUCCUCACGAAUUUUGGGACUAUAAUGAAUUUUGUCGUGGUUUUGGUUUUGGACCUGAAGAAGAAGGUGAUUAUGACAUCACACCACGUGCUAAUGACCCUGAGUCGACGUCAUCAUUACCAAAUGAUGACGUUGUCCAUCGUAACCAUGGUGAUUUUUUGAUAAGGUCGUCAUAUCAAAUUUGCCCUGAUACAGGUAGGGUUUUAUAUAACGAUAAUGAUACAGUAGAUACAACGUUGGUUUCUAUGAUGGAGAGAAAUAGUAUGUAUGAAAAACGUAAGCAACCGAAAAGUUAAAAAUCACAAUGCAAACAGUAUCCAGUCCAUACAUCUGAGCCGAAUACCUGGCUAACUAAUACCCUAGCCAGCAUGGACCUGUAACUGAAUGGAAAGUCUUGGUUCACCAUAUGAUUUGAGUUGUCUUUUUUGACUCUCUUAGAAUAAAUUUGAGAAUUUGUUCUUAAAAAUAGAUUGUAUGGUGGGUGGGUAACUGUCUAUCCUUCAUUCUGCAUUUUUGUACAAUUAGGUCACAAGGCAAAAGAAUAACGUAUCAUUUGGCAAAUUAUAGUAUUGCUUUCUCUCAUAAGGACUUUACACUACACAUGGAAGACAAGACUAACCUAACAAAGUCACUCAACAUGUUUUCAUUGGUAUAAUUUUUUUUGUGGCUUUCAAUUUUUGACAACAUGUAAGGGUUUUAACCCUCCAGAGUUCCUGAUCUGUUCUGUACAAACUAUGUAAUAUAUAAUUCAUUUACAAAGUAAUGCUUAUUAAGAAGAUUCUGUCACAAUAGCUUUCAAAUGUUAUUUUUUACUUUCGAAUAAUUGAGGUCUUCAUUGACCAUCACUCAGUUCAUUUCACAUUUCACUGAUCUAAAGUGUUUUUCAACCCAACUCAUUUCAAAGUGGUCUCGAUCAUAACACUAAGUUUUGCUCGCAUGGGAAUGUUCAUGAAUCGCCUGUUUUUUUCAACAUUCGUUAAGUUAUUAAUUGGCACCCAGAGUCUCCGUAUCCACCAACAGUCAGGAUGUACCAAAUGGUAAUUCUCAUACAUUUCGUAUAUUUUUGUUAGUUCCAGAUACUAAUUCUCACUAAAUGAAUAUCUUUGCAAAGCCCCCUAAAUUAGCAAUAUAUAUAAUUUGUUCAUAUCCAUUCAAAAGGGAUAAUCAAUGAGGCUGAAAAUUUAAUGAUUAAAACUGAAUCGUUCAAAAAUUUCUCAAUUUUAUAUAUUUAUCAAUAAUCAAUUUAAAAUUCUGAUUCAAAUAAUUUACCCGUUCCUCAACAGGCAAAAAGUGCAUUUGUCAAUUUUUCUAUUUUUAUCAACUGUGUUCCCUUUUCACUUUAUUAUACAAAAAUACUAUGUUAUUUUCAUAACCUGUGAAUUAUUUUAUCACAAAGGAUCAUUUUGUGACCUUUAACCCUUGCGAGUUCGAAGCAAUUUUUACCUAAUAUAAUUUGAUUUAUGCAUUUCUAUAUGUCGACCUAGAUAAUAAGCAAUUGGUGUCUUACUAUAUUGUCUAUAUAUUUUUUGUUGUUUCAAGAUGAAAAUAAUUGCUUGAAAAUUGUUGAUUGAAUUUAUGCUAACUUUUUUCUAUUUUUUUAAAGUGAAUUUGACAGGGUCAAUUGAAAUUUUUGUGAAGCUUGGUGUAAGAAAAUUAAUGUUUAAACCUAUUUAUGAGCAUUUCGAUUAAAAAUGUUGCCGCAAAUAAAAAUGAAUGCUAAAAUACUAUUUACGGACUCCGUACUAUCUCAUAUUUUUCUGUGACUAAAUACACUUUUUCUUCAAUUCAUCCAUUUAUUUUCCAAUUCUAGCUCGCUUUGAUAAUGAGGUAAUUUUCAUGAUUAUUUUUAACUUCUUUCACAACAAGGCGGAGUCUUACUGUUUCGGCGUUACCUGCCUAGUUUAUUACACCCUGAGUGUGAUUUGAUGGGAAUUAGUUGUUGACAGAAAUAAGGUAGGCCAGUCAAAAAAUGACUUCUGGAUCUUAAAAAAUCACAAUAAUAUAGUCACUUACUUCUCUAUAUCAGAGAAAUGACCUAUUUUGUACUAAUAUAUGUAUAUUUCAUGAGACAAAAUUAGAAAUGUUAACUAUGGAUGCUAUACAUUUAGCAUAAUAAAUUAAUAGCAAACUUACAAUAAAAACUACUCUUAUAUUUGUAACAUUGAAUGUAAAUUUAUCUCGAGAUCAAUUUGUCAAAUUUUAACAUAUUGUUUCAAUAGACACCUCAUAUUUGCCACUCUUCAUUUUUUUUUGUAAUAUUUAAAACUGGAAGAUGCCAUAUUUUUUCGUUUGUACAUAUUUUAUUUCUUAAAAUAUAGAAUAUAGCACAUCGUUAAAUGUUUCAUAAAAAGUGAAAUUUGAAACAACAAUUGAAUUCUAUUAAGAGCAAAUAAAUUUUAAUAAAGGAUUUUUUGUCUGGCCGAGUAUGGUAAUUCUAUUAGCCAUGCUUGGAGAGCAACAAGAUUGUACUUUUUUUGUGCAUUUUCAAGCAGCACCAUAUUGUAGUAUUUCUGUAUUGUGAUGUUCCGGCUGCUUUCAACUACGGUAUAUUGAAAUAUAUUAUUCUUAAUGUAAUAAAAUAAUAUUUCCUUUGAGAUGA